AUUUUGUGAGUAGCGAUUUGGGCUCACGCCAAUGUUGCUCAAAGGAGGCAUUCGUCUCACUGCGUAAAGAAACUCGCUUCCAGCAUGUUCACCAUCCAUUCUAUAUAUACACAUAUUACGUAUCAUCCUUUCGUGCUCGCCAUGGGCAGCGAGUGCAGCUCGCUCACCAAUGCAGCUGGAACAUCUUACCGUGCAGGCCCCUGGGGCCAAGGUGCUCAUCAACCAGACGACCAAUCAUAAGCUGGGCGUGGUUUUGUCGUACCGCGGGGGCGGCGUCACGAUCAAGAGGGUGAUGAUCAGCGGCCUCGCUGAUCAAUGGAAUCGGGACCACCCCGAGCUGGCAGUGAACUCUGGUGACCAUAUUGCCGAGGUGAGGUGAAUGGCAUUCGAAACGGCGAGGGCAUUCGCAACGAGCUCAGACAGAAGAAGGUGCUUGAGCUGGUGAUCACCCGUAGCGGGAAGCACCACGGCCAGAGCUCGCCAGAACGGCCCGCCCGCCCAGUAUCGACGUUGAUUCCGGGUAUGUGCUUGAACGCAUCCGUUCGUGAUGGGGAUGUUGAAGCUGCGCUUGAGAAGGCGCUCAACGAAACUGUCAACGCUAGACCUGCUUUGGCAGAGGCAGCCGAGUGCUUUGACACGAUCACGACCUUCAAGACUCGCUGGGACGUGGCCAAGCGUCCACUGAACAUUGCUCUCAAGUUGUACCCCGUCAAGUCUUUGCCGCUGCUGGGCAGAAUGACCAGCGAUCCUGAUUACAGGGUUCGUCUCACCACGACGAACACGUGGGUCAAAGCUGCACGCGCUCUCCGCAAAAGAGAUUUACCCACCGGUCGUUGAAAGUAGGUAUUUUUGGAUUCCCAGAUCCCAAUCUACUUUAAGCGCCUUCCUAUUUCAAGAAUCUAUAUUUUUUGUUUUUUUUGGGGGCGGGCGCAAACCUAAUCUACUUCUAGGGUUUGGUUGUCACUUCCCUGGGCGACGCUGGUCGCUCGGCCCCUCGGCUGGCC